ACCUUCGCGAGCGGCGACGGCGGCAGCGGGCUCCCCUGGGGCUGAGCUCCUCAAGCGGCGGUGGCGGCAACGGGCUCCAUGGGGCCGAGGUCCAUGGUGGCGAAUCAGCGCCCGACCUGCGCUCCUUGUCGGCAGCGCAACAUCAGGGAUACUCGCUGUUUUCAGAGGGUUUCAUUUCGGAGGCUGGGUGGGGAGCUGGGUUGUGUUUACUGGGGUAUCCUAAGCUGAUUCGCGGUUGCUACAUGUAUUUAUACCCCCAACCACUGGCUGCAGUUGCAUUUUGGUUGAGAAGGGUGGUAGCAAAUUUUUGGCUGCAGGAAGUCCCACCCCUGGAUCUGACUGAAAUUCUGGCAUAUCUAGUACGGCAAUAUGGACCAUUUUAGAUCAACUUGGCAUACAAAGAGAUCUAUGUGACAAACUGGUACAGGUGUUAUAUAGUAAACGAAAUGGUAGGCUCAUGUAUCAUCCCCUUUUAGAGGAUAGAACCUUAGCUGAGAACAUAACUGAGGAGCUUGAUCUAAGAAUAGCUAGGGUGUUAGAAAGUACUGGCUAUCACAAAGAUGAAGGUUUUUGGAAUGACCCUGCAUAAUACAAGAUCUCAGACAACAGACGACAUGUUGCUAUUGUCACCACAGCAAGUCUUCCAUGGAUGACGGGGACAUAAAUCAAUCCAUUGUUUCGUGCUGCAUAUCUAGCAAGGAGUGCGAAGCAAAAAGUGACGUUGGUGGUUCCUUGGCUGUCCAAGUCAGACCAAGAAUUGGUUUACCCAAAUAACAUCACCUUCAGUUCGCCAGAAGAGCAAGAAACUUAUAUAAGGAACUGGCUGCAGGAAAGGUUUGGCUUCCAAGCAGAUUUUAAGAUAUCCUUCUACCCUGGCAAGUUCUCGAAAGAGCGCCGCAGCAUUAUUCCUGCUGGGGGUACUUCCCAGUUUAUCUCCUCAAAAGAAGCAGAUAUAGCAAUUUUAGAAGAACCUGAGCAUCUCAACUGGUAUCAUCAUGGAAAGCGUUGGACUGACAAGUUCAAUCAUGUCAUCGGUGUAGUUCAUACAAAUUACCUGGAAUAUAUCAAGAGAGUAAAAAAUGGUGCUAUUCAAUCUUUCUUUGUUAAGCAUAUCAACAAAUGGGUGACUAGGGCAUACUGCCACAAGGUCUUGUGUUCAGGUCAGUUUUGGUGUAUCACAUUUGGUGCUAUGGGAGAUAGGGACUUUGCCUGCUGUUUUUUAUGUAUCAAGUCAAUUUUGCUUCAUCUGGUCAUGCUACAAGACACUGAUUCAAUACCAACUGAGAUAGCAGUUAGUCUUUCAGAGAAGAAAAUAGGAUUCAGACUAGACAAUGCAGACUUGGUGCUUGUGCCUUUAAGGAAGUAUAGCUUCUGGUAUCUUCUUGUAGCCAAUUUCAGAGACAAAAGAUUUGAAGUCAUAUGCCCAUUCAAGAACAUAGAUAUAAUACAAUCCGAUGCCUUUAAUGUUAUUUGCAAGUUCAGGAAAGUGUUUAAAGCAGUUCAUUCAAAAUCUUCAAGGCUCGAUAUAUAUGACAUGCCAACUGUUUUUGGAAGUGUAUCUAACCAGAUCAAUCAGCUGAGUUUUCUAAUUCCCUCUCAUCCUACAUCACUGGUAUAUUUUUCUGUUCUUUACAUCAUUCGUAUAUUUUUUAUCAGCAAUGACAGCGGUGUCUUUGUUUUAAAACUUCUUUUAUCCUACGAUGGCAAGACACAUUUCCACUUCAAAGAGGAGCAUGCAAAGGUACUGCGUGAAUCUAUAACAUAUUAUCUAUGCACUCACGAGGAGAACGAAUUGAUCUUGCCAAAAAUAAAGUAUAUCGCUCAACAACAUAGAAUUGAAGUUGACAAUUACAAAUGCAGGACUAAAAGGAUAAGCAAAAAGUAAAAAUCUGGUGAAGAGAUUUACGGCAGUAAAAAAAACGAGGAGAAAAUGUCAGCUAUACUAAUUAAUGUACUUUUUUGUUGUUUGUUUUUGAAUCGUGGGGUGUAAUAUUUUUCACUGAUGGAGUUGUAGUAUCACAAAUUUUGCGUUAUAAAAAAUUAUUCUGUCGAAAUAUUUUCAUUCA